AUGACGUCGUUGAGUACAAAUAUUGUUAUUAACGAGCUAUUAUGUUUCUUACAAAACAAAUGUGAUGUGUUGGAUGAAGUAUCCAUAAUUCGUUUGUGUGCUACAUCGUUCAAGACGGAAGAUGUAGAAAAAGCCAAAACAAUCUUGUUUGAUUUUGUUCCAACAGAGAAGGGACGGAAAAUAAUGAGAAAAAGAGAAAACAAAAUCGAAAAAGACCUUCAGGAUAUGAUUAAGGUGCUAAAAGAGUGUGAAUCGGAAUUAUUUCCAAAAUUUGUGGCAUAUGAUCUCUCUAAAUUACCCCCCGUGACGUUUGAUCAUAUCGAUGUAUCUAGAUUUUUAGUUGAUAUUCGAGUUUUACAAGAAGAACUACAAAAUAUAAAGGUACAAAUGAGAAAUAAAUGUGAUGAAGAAGUAUUUAAAACAUGCGUUGAACAGUUGAGAUCUGAAAUCGUUACUCAAAAGGUUUGCGAAUCGAGUAAGAACAAAGCGCUUCAACCGUUGCCGGUUUCAAAUUCGAAUCGGGAGCGUCAUGCGCGGGUUGUUGACCCCGGCCCGGUGGAGACCUUGAGUGUAAGUACGAGUAAUAGAAUUGAGAAUGUGUCAUUACAAGCUUCGCAUCAGCAUGAGCCUAAGAAAAAUGCAACAUACGCUUCCAUGACAGCUAUUACAUCACCUGAGCCGCGUUCAUUGCUAAAAAAGCACACAGAACAUUCAAAUAAAAUUGAAGAAAAUCCCAACCCGUGGAUCAAUGUAACAUAUAAGAAAAAUACUAACAGAUUUCAAGGGAAGUUAGGUAUAGGAAAAGUGGAAACAUCGAGCACUUUUAAAUCAGCUGAUAUUAAAGUUCCUUUGUAUAUCUCGAACGUUGAUAAAAAUACAAGUGAACGGGAUAUAUGCGAAUACGUGCAGAGUAAAACUCAAGAAAAAAUAACUAUUCAAAAGUUAACAAUGAAAGAGGAUAAACAAUAUUGUUCAUAUAAAAUCUUUGUAUCAAGGAAUAAAUUAGAUUUAUAUUUGAAUAGUGAUAUAUGGCCAGAAGGUAUUAUGUUCAGAAGAUUUAUUCAGUUUAGGAAGUAUAAGAAUAACAAUCAAAAUGGAGAAAAA